UUCAGGUCUAUAUGACAUAUUUGGUUAGGAACAUUGUACAACAAAAUACAUUUCACAGCGUUACCACAGAAAGAACGUGAGAAGACUUUGUGAUAAUUAAAGAUGUCGAAAGUAUUGGAUGAGGAAUUGAAGCAGGCUUUUUCGAAGCUGCAUGAGAAGAUGGUGGAUACGAAACAGAAGCUGAAAUUGGCUGAUAUACAAAUUGAAAAAUUGCGGCGUACAAAACAGCGGGCAGAGCUCACUACGAAGGAGAUCAGUACCCUUCCCGAAGAUACAAAGAUGUAUGAAUCUGUUGGACGAAUGUUCCUCCUAGAUAAUAUGAAUAACAUCAAGGAUAACUUGGAUAGUAGAAUAAAAACAUCUGAUGAGAAAAUCAAGACACUAGAAAAUAAUAAAACUUAUCUGCAACGUAGCUUAAAGGAGAGUGAAAAUGAAAUCAGAGAAAUGAUUCAACAAAAACAAAGCAAAGAAACUUCGGGUUAAAACUUAUGUAUUAAUAUGUGAAUGCUACUUCAAUGUCCUCUCAUUGAUAUCUUUUUUAAGCUCAGAUUAUUAUUUGGACUACGCAUCUGUAAAAAUAUAAUUGUGAAAGAUCUCACCCAUCAGUUUGACAUUAAAUUUCAGACGUUCAUACAUUUUUGUAAUUGAUUUCUUUUGUAUGUUAUAUGUGGAAUAAAAAUAUUGUGAUUGGCUUGUGAGAAUUAAAUCUGCUGAAUUAAAAUUACAUAAACUGUAACAUAAGCAUCCUUUUAACGAGACAAUAUUGUAAAAAAUAAUGAUAUCCUUUCAAUAAGAGACAAUUGUAUGUAAAAAAACAACAAUUAUAAUUAAAUAAACAUCUUAAUUUUUAGCUUGAGAAA